AGAGCCUCAACAGUCUGUGCAACCUAAGCACGACGCCACCAAGGUCGCCGCCAAGGUAGAGUUAAAACCUUGAACAAGAUUAAGUGAAAUGGCGGAAGACCCAUUUUUUUAUGCUCUUAUUUUUCUUAUGUAAUGAGGUGUUGCUAUCAAAGUGUUAAUUUGGUUAUGAAAUUUAUUCAAUUCACAGACAAUGGAGGAGGAAGAGAAGGCCUAGGAGAGGGAGUUGAGUGAUUUGUUCAAGACUGUUGUUAGUCAACCCAAAGUGCCUGUUGGUGUCGAUCCCAAGUCCAUGGUAUGUGAAUUCUAUAAAGUGGGACAGUGUCAAAAAGGUUUUAAGUGCAAGUUCUCACAUGAUCUGAAUGCUCAGAGGAAGGGAGAGAAGAUUGACCUUUACAGCAAUAAGCAUGAUGAAGAAACAAUGGAGGACUGAGAUCAAGAGACUUUGGAGAAAGUUGUGAAGUCAAAAAAGAAAGAGUAUAAUCAGAACAAACCUACUGAUAUUGCUUGUAAAUACUUCUUGGAAGCUGUGGAAAAGAAACAAUAUGGAUGGUUUUGGGUCUGUCCAAAUGAUGGAAAGGACUGCCAUUACAGGCAUGCUCUUCCUCCUGGAUGUCUUAAAAUCUCAGAUGAAGGCCCUAAUAGAGGAUGAGGCUGAAAAAAUACCCAAUUAAGAGGAUUGAGAAUCAGCGUGCAAAAAUAACAACUUCAAUGCCUAUGACUCCUGAGUUGUUUAUGGAAUGGAAGAAGAAGAAGACUGCAGAAAAGGAAGAUGGUUUGGCUACGCAGAAGGCUGAGAGGGCUAAGAAUGACCAUAUGAGUGGAUGUGAGCUGUUUAUGUCAGAUGCUAGUUUAUUUGUGGAUGAUGCUGAGGCUUAUGAGAAAUACCAAAGAGAGGAGGAAUCUGAUGCUCCAGAACAGAAGGUUAAUAACAAUUCUGCUGCCAAUGAACAAAGCACUUCAGCAACAUCUGGUGGUGAUGCUGAAGUUCUUCCUGAGGAUUAUAAUGACGAUGGUGAUGAACUCGACAUUGGUGAGUUAAAUGAACUGGAAGCAAGCUUAGCAAAAAUGUCAAUCCAAAUUCAGGAGCCUAAUAACGAUGUUUAACUUUGCAAGAGCCUUCAGUCUUCAUGCAUUUUAAUGCAUCAAAUUGCAUGAUCGUGCUGUUCAAGCAUCUGCCUUCACUUGCCAUUUGAAACUCUGGACUUCAUGGUCAUUGACACUUUGAUCUCUUUAUAGUUCUGUUACGAACUUGGUGGUGAUUGAGCGUGUGACAGAACUGCUGAAGCUGUCCCAGUUUCUAGGAAAUGAAUCAUGAGUAUGAUUGUUACUCCCGUAAUUCUAGCAGGCUCUGGAGCAUAUAGAAGCAUGAUCAUUUUUGAAAGUGCGGUGGUAAUUUUUUGGAUGUGGUUUGUAUACUUUUAACAGUGAUUUUUUCUCAGUUACCUGGUUUCUCCAACAACUGUGUCAUCGUCCCCCGCAUCAUUGCUGACAGUAAAAUUUUGUCCUGUCCUGCUUUGAUUUAACGUGGGAAUGAUUAAAGGGGAAACUUGAGC